CGGAGGCGGGAAAGACGCAGCGGGGCGAUGGCUGCGGAGCAGGAGAUGCGGGACUUCACUCGCGGGCUCUUCCAGGGCAGCCCGGACCUCAGCGUGCUGACGCUGGCCAUGGUGCGGAGGAGGUAUCUGGCCCACGUGGGCCGGGAGAGCCUGGUGCGGGAGGAGAAGGAGUUGCUCAAGCAGCUGGUGGAGGAGGAGCUGCUGAGAAUGCAGCUGGAUGAUUCCAGUUCCGACGGGGGGGCCCCGAGCCCCGAGAGCGCCUGGGAUGCCCCUGAAGCCGGGGCUGAGAAGCGACCCCGCAGCGGCUCCGACUCGUCGCGGGGGGGCCCCGAGGACAUGGCGAGAAAGAAACAGCGACUGGAUCAGGGUUCUGAGGCCAGUUCUGAUGGGGAGGAUUCUGGGAUUGAUUCGAGGAAGCCGAAACUGGCGCCUGCCCAGGAGGAUGCUGGGAAAUCCGGGCACACGGGAUCGUGUGAGGACGAGGGGGACUCUGGGGCAGAGGAGACACCUGACUGGGGUGGCACCCGCAGAGAGAGCAACUCCGAAUGGGCAGCUGGCAGCGAGGGAACGAAGCAGCCCCCGAGGAGGAGAGCAGAGGGAGCCGAGGCGCAGGACCGGCUGGGGAAGAAGCGAGCGAGAGAGGCAGAGCGGAGGGGUGACUGUGGGGAGCAGAAGGGGAAAGCAAACGGGGGGAUCACAGCUCAGACGCAGGAGGAAUUGGGGAGUGAAUCGGCAGUGGAAGAGGAGGAGUGUAAGCGGCAGAAGCAGACAGGGAAGACGGGAGCGAGGAAGACCAAGCGGAGGAGUGAUAGCGAGGAGGAGGGGGACAGCAAGAAAAAGGGGAGGAUGAAGGCUCAGGGGACGGAAGUGGGGAGCGACUCUGAGGUGAACGAGAAGGAGUGUCAGAGCAGAAAAGGGGCAGGGAAGAAGAGAACGAGGAAGGCAGGGAGAUGGAGUGAUAGUGAGGAGGAAGAGAACAAGGAGAAGAGGACAAAGGCUCAGAGAGAGGAGGAAUCAAGGAGCGAGUCAGAGGAGGAAGAGGAGGGUAGGAGCCGGAAGCCGGCAGGGAAGAAGGGAACGAAGGAGGCCAAGCGGAGGAGUGAUAGCGAGGCUGAGGAAGUGGGCAGCAGGAAGAAGACAAAGGCUCAGAAGUGGGAGGAAUCGGGGAGCGAGGAAGAGGAGGGUAGGAGCAGGAAGCCGGGAAUGAAGGAGGCGGAGCUGGAGAGGAAGAAGAGGACGACGAACGCCCAGAGUGAGGAGGAAUCGGGGAGCGAGGAAGAGGAGGGUAGGAGCAGGACGGGUACGGGGAAGAUGGGAAGGAGGAAGGCCGAGCGGGGCAGCGAGAGCGAGGAGGAGGAGGGUGAGAGCAGGAAGGGGACGGGGAAGAUGGGAAGGAGGAAGGCCGAGCGGGGCAGCGAG